AUGUUUGAUGUCGAGCUAGGGGACGUGGGGGAGUUGGGCAGUUGCUCCGGUCGGCAAUUUCGUUUUUUUGCGCGCUACCCGCCCUUCUUGCUGUACGCCGCAGCGGCUGCCCUCUUCGCGUACCUACUUUUUGGCCACAACAAUGUUGCAAACGCGAAUGCCAUUGGUGGCGCGUCGCUGACGUGUUUUAUUUUCGCCCGCACGCUUCGCGGCAGCCUGCAGUUUCUCUGGCGUGAGCGCGGGCGGUUGACGUUCGCGCGCGUGUCGGCGUUCACUGCGCUCCUGGCGCCAGUAGGGCUCAAGGGGCAGGGCGCCAUCCACACGAUCCUCGCCGACAUCGUCCUCCUCCCGCUGUGUGUAGCGGUGUCGGCCUUCCNAGGGGCAGGGCGCCAUCCACACGAUCCUCGCCGACAUCGUCCUCCUCCCGCUGUGUGUAGCGGUGUCGGCCUUCCACAGCGUUGGCGCCUUCGCACAUUUGGGCUUCAUCAUCUACCCACACCAUGCCACACGGUUGUGGGUGUUCGGCGUCAUCCCAGUGUGCGGUUUGAUUCUCACCGCCUUCCGCUGCGAUGUGCUUCUACCCAUGGAACGGACAAACAUGCUUAA